AUGAAUGUACCAGAAUGUGAGCAUAUUAGAAUAAGACAAAUUUAUAAUUUCGGAACGAACGUCGAAAACUUUAUAAAAUACUUGGAAUUUCAACACAAAGUCGAUAUUAGAACUAUACCACAAUGGCAAGAUGCGAUAAAACGACUUUAUUCUGCGGAGAAAGAGUUCAAGACUAGACUACAAAAUGCAUCGGUACGCAAAAGAAAUAUCAUCGAAAACCUCUACAUUCAGAAAUACCGACAAUCCCCUUUUACUUUAACCCAAAAAUUUGCAAGAACUUCAAAAGUGUGGAAAGAAAUUGAAUUGAACAUACAACAGAAACGUAAAACAUACAUCAAAGCAAUUCCAGAAUCUAUUCAUUCCUUUAAACAAAAAUACAUAAGUGAAGAACAACUGGGCGAAGAUAGCGAUAUAAGGUCCACGGCGCAUCCUAAUACAGAAAUCGUUGAACCUAAAGAAGACAUCAAAGAUAAAUUACUAGAUGCAGACAUAGAUGUAAAAUCCGAUAGCUCCGUUAAAUUGCCAGCAAUUAUCUGUACCAAUCCUCAUAAACUUCUGUCCCCUCUUGGUUCACAUUGCACUCCUCUAAGCCAUUAUUCGAGUAGGCAGUCUACUGUACCAGACCAGAUAAAUGAUAAGGAAUUGCCUCUUAAUCUAACGAAUUCAAUCAAAUGCUACCCAGAAGCAAUUAAAGUAAUAUACAAUGAAGAGCAGUUAAAGAACAAUCAUGUCAUAAAGUUUAGUUUAAGAAACUGCAUAAAUGAAUGGGUUUUCAUUCGUUUUAUGGGCAUACCGAAUCGAAUAAACCUAAAAAAAUUCAGAUUGAUGCCAAAUACUCCCGUAAAACUGUACGCAGGUCUCUCUAUGGUAUACUGUUUACAUUUUAAAUUGAAUCCUAAUGCAACAGAGUUUGAAGGAGUAUUAAACUUUAAAAUUGGUCAUGUUGCUGCCGAUACCCCUGACGAAAUUCUAAGCGUAAGAUUCACUUGUGAAUAUCUAGAACAAAGGUCUAUUGAAGUUACAGAAUCAGUUUUAAUACCAUCAACCUAUUUAUGGAAAAUUGGAAAAGUUAAUUAUCCAUGCGGAAAUAUUACAAUUCGCGUUAAAGAUAAAUAUAGCUACCAUUUACAUAUAAAGAGGCGAGAUAUAAACUGGUCCGAAAUCUUAGACUUAGAUAGUGUGAAUUCUCUUGAUGUGCAGGCACCGACAACGGAGAGCAUUGUCCAAAGAAACGAUGAUGUCACAUCACAAAACUUAUUAAGUUCCUCAUCCAAAUUCAAUGAGAUCCCGCAGGAAGAAGUAAUUAGCAUAGACACCAUAGUUUCCAAUUUAUUGAUGGAGGUCAUUGAUAAUUCUCUACAAUGUUUCGUUCUUGACAAGACAUACUUCUAUUUAGAACCGGGUAGUGUUUAUAAUAUUAGGGCGAUUUUCACGAAAGCCGAACACAUCGGUUCACACCAUUGUUCCUAUGAUUUAGACUUCAUCAACCCUAAUAACAACAACUUAGUAAUGACGAAAAGAGUACGGGUUUUUUCAGAAAUAUUACCACAUCCAAUACAAAUUGAACCAAUUAUCUUAGACAUGACGAACUCGACAGUGAAGUUUGGAUUCUGUAUAGAUUACUUUACAAUAAUCAACAAGCACAAAUUCAUUCCAGUCACUAUCAAAAUUAAAUUGACGAAGAAAAUGAAAAAACUGUUCCAGAUAACUCCAAUGGAGGUGUUGAUACCAGCGUUAUCCAAAAAUGUCUUCCAGGUUAGAUUGUGUCCUAGGAGUGGCUCAGAAAAUUCUACGGACUGUGUGCAUUUUACAAUCAAAAUUAUUGUCAUCGGAGAUAAGACUGUGUACGAGAAUGUACCUCCUUUCUUUUACGAAUUGUUAAUACCGUGUAGUUCAGAAUUCAAGAGACUAUAUGGUAGAAAAUAUUUCGAUAGUGCGUUGGAUUUGAAUGACGAUUUCACAGAAGCGUCUACUGAUGUGGGAGUUCAGCAAUCAAAGAUGAAAAACUGUCUGUAG